AUACACAGUACGGUUGCAAUAUUAGUUUGCAAUCACACCUAUCCGCGACACCGUACCCUCGUUUUUCGUCGUCCAUGUCUCUUCUUCUCUUGUAAACCUUUUCUUGAAGACCCAGCAGGCUCCCAAUGAUCCUCUCUUACCGGCCAUUAUCAUCCAAAUUCUUAUUCUCCGCUGUGCUCAUUACCUUCUGCGGCGUCGUCUUUCUCUACCGCUGCUGGCAUUUCGGCGAACGUCCGGUGCCACUGCACCUGCCUCUAUAUGACGGCGUACCAAAGAAGAUAUGGUACAAGCUCGGUCCGAGCGGAUUAAGCAACGACAGCCGGGAAUGGACUGAUAGCUGCAUCAACGCCAACCCGAACUACCAGGCCGAGUUUAUGACGGAUGACUCCGCCGAUGCAUAUGUUGCGAACAAGUUUGCGUCUCGUCCGGAACUCGUCGAGACGUACUCCAACCUGACUAUUCCAAUCCUCAAAGCCGACUUGUUGCGCUACCUGCUGCUCUUCGAUCAAGGAGGUAUCUGGUCCGAUCUCGACAUAUCGUGCGAAGGGAUUCCAAUCGACCAGUGGAUACCACCGAAGUACAAGAGCAAAGCCGGGCUGGUGGUGGGAUGGGAGUUCGAUGUUGGUUGGGAUUUCAACUUCGUGCGCCAAUUUGCGAGCUGGACUAUCUUAGCAAAACCGGGGCUGCCGCACAUGUUGAUGGUCAUCGAAGACAUCCUUGAGGGAUUGCAUGAAAAGAUGGCGGAGCAUAAUGUUCCUCUUGCGCAGUUGACGCUCGAUAAGGUCGGUGACGUCGUGGAUAUCACGGGCCCGCGGCGGCUGACCAGGAGCGUCCUCAAGAGUUUGGAGAAAACGCUCAACACGACCAUCCCUCCCGCCGACAUUGCGAAACUCUUGGAACCCAAGCUAGUGGGAGAUGUAUUGAUUAUGCCGGGAUAUUCGUUCGCCGCAUCGUCGAAUAAGUACGGAGAAGGCGAAGUGGGCCCGCCGCUGGUCACCCAUCACUACGCUGGCACCUGGAAGAACGACUAUGGCGGGGAGCAGCCUUAAAAUGGAGACCGGGUAUGAAGUUCAAAAACCACCGGAAACACACUGCAAUGGUGGCUAUCCACCUAGCGGUACGCGCGUCCGAUUAGCGGUGCCGGCUAGGUGCACGUCCUGCUUGAAGAGUGGAAGACGGCUGGUGCAUGCUCGCGAGAUGCCUUAGCGCUGGAGAACCGGACCGAGGCCGAUGAUGUGGGAGGAAAGGGCGCUGCCACAGAGGGCUGAGCAGGGUCGCUAUGGGGUGCCCGCGACAACACUCAGAGAUUGAUGGUCGACGCAUGCGCUCGUGAGAUCCAUGCUGAAGGGCAUGCCACGAAAACAAUUGCUGCGAUGAGUAACCUCGCUGAGCAGCCACGCUGAGUAGCCAUGGAUGGCGGUGGUGUGGAGGCUCCGACUCAAAUGCAUCGAGCCGCUUAUGUAAUAAAGACCCGCACAUCAGUCACGUGAGAGAGAUGGACGAUUAGCAUACAUCUCAGCAUACGAAAGCAACCAAUGAUUCCAUGCAU